UACUAAGCUGGCGUCUCGGUCCCCGCAUGGCCUCGUACGGCCACCGCCUCGUCCUUCUUCUCCUCACAGCCUUGCUUCUUCCGCUCUCGCUCGCCCACUCAGCCACACCGUCUUGCUCGGGGGGGAAAUGCGGCGCUGGCGCAGACGGAAAUGACGUCAGCAGCAAGGCGGCGCCUUUCGCUCGUUUCGCGAGGCGUGGCGAAAGGCGUUCGCCAGCCUUCGCUUAUACUCCUGUGAAAGGGGCUCCAUUGGCGGAAUGGCAGCAGCGGCUGCUGGUAUGGCAUGCUGGGCAGGGGACCGACAGGAAAGACACCCUGGCGGGGGGAGGGAGAGAGGGGCGGAGGAUUGGGAUGGAGAGAUGGGGGGGAAGCGGGGGAGGUGGCGGGGCAAGCAGUUGAGUUGGAGCAAAGAGAGGCCAAGGAGGGGGAGAAAAGGGGUUCGAGGGAGGCGGGUCAUGAAAGUAGGUCAAAAGUGGGCGAUCAGGGUGGAGAGGCGCACAUGGGGAGAGGCGGACACGUGUUAGAUAGCAGACAUGACACACGUGACAGACAUGACACACGUGACAGACAUGACGUACAGGCGGACUCACACAUGGGAUGGGCACAAGGUGCGGACUUCGGUGACUCCAAUGACUUCCUCCCUGUGCUCGACCCGCUCCGCCUGCCGUCCCUCUUCCAAUCACCUGCUGCCACCUCAUCAGCCUCCUCGGACACCUCUGGUCCAGCCAGCCUGGAUGCCACGUCAGCAGCAGCGGCUCAGGAGAAUGUGGUGAGAGCAGGUGGCUUCGAAUUCACUGUGCAGACUGCUGAUGAUGCUGACGGGGCAGUGGAGACUGACGCAGUGAGGGUAGAGGGGGCUGCAGGGGAGGGUGAGGCGGAGAGAAGUAAUGGCACGCACCACGGGACGGGCCGUGGAAGACAGCUGCAGCAGCGGCGCAGCGAGGGGCUGGGGCAGGGUAGGGGGCAGGACCAAAGCAGCAAGGCAGCACAGGACGGGGGAAGCGGAGACGGAGGGAGCGAGGCUGCUCAAGGGGGGGCCAGCAGCGAGGGCGGGGUGACUCUGACAGGGCUGUCGUCGGCCGUCAUGUCCGGCUCACUGCUCUCUGAGGCGCCUCUCGGCUCCCCCGUGCUCCUCCGCAUCGCCUUUGCUGCCGGCCCCAAGGCCGGCCACCAGACCCAGCAGCAGCAGCAGGUGGCGUCGCCUGUUGGCCUCUCGUCGCCCUUCUUCCGGCUGUCCUCGCAGGUGGACCUGUCCCAGUCGCGCGUGCAGCUCUAUGGCCCCAUGCCGCACUCCCGCCGCCGCACCUUCCCCCUCGCCGUCUCCCAGGCUGCUGACGCUGCUGGGGGCGAGGUGCUCACUUCUAACUUCACAGUCAAGGUGCCCGGUGCGUACAGUGUGAUGGUGGUGGUGGCGGACACGCAGGGCAACCGCCUCAAGUUCAAGGCGCCCAACUUCUUCCGCUCCGCCCUCCCCACCCCACGCACCUCCUCCCCACUCCGCUGUCUCCGCCCCUCUCUCC